AUGGACGCAAACAAUUCGAUUAUCCACCUGUGCAAUGGAGGCACCAGUGUGGUGCUUGACUGCAUCAGCGAGAUGCCCAUCAUCGCGUACUGGGGUGCCGAGAUCAAGAACGCUUCGCAGGCGGUGCUCGAGAGCGUCGCGCUGGUGACGCGCACCCAGGCGGUUAGCGGUGGCCUCGAACGCUCGCCGCGACUGAGCCUGCUGCCUCUGGCGUGGCAGGGAUGGCAGGGCACUCCUGGGGCUACGAUGCUGCGCACCUCGGGCCAGUUCUGCUUCAACUUCACCGUCGAAAGCAUCGACAAGACGGACAGCUCGGUCGCAGUGCGUGCUAGCGACCCGGACGGCGUGCAGGUGAAGAUCGCGCUCGAGGUGACGCAGAGCGGGUUGCUGAGCCAGCAGAUCAGCGUUACCAACACGGACGGUAGGGAGGGGCUGCAGGUUUACGAUGUGGCGGUGUCGUUUCCGGUGCCAUCGUCGGCGCGCGAGAUCCUGGACACGACAGGUCGACAUCUUCGCGAGCGGCAGCCGCAGCGCCAUGGGUUCACGGUGGGUAGGCAUGUGCGCGAGUCGCGACGCGGACGACCAGGUGCCGACGCAACGUUGGUCGUGGCUGCCGGUACGCCUGGUUUCGGAUUCGAGCGGGGGUUGGUGCAUGCUGUGCAUCUCGCCUGGAGUGGCAACCACCGCAUCACGGCCGAACGCGGUCCGAGCUACUCUUCCUUCCUCCAGGCAGGCGAGCUGCUCGAGCCGGGCGAGAUCACGCUGCUCCCCGGUGAGACGUACACGACCCCCGUGGCGCUUGGUUCGUGGGGCCACGGGCUUUCGCAGCUCUCGCACCGAUUCCACCAACACCUACGACAUCGCGCCCACCAUCCGAUCGCCCCGCGUCCGGUGACGAUCAACACGUGGGAGGCGGUGUACUUUGACAUGCGCCUUGACCGGCUCAAGGCGAUCGCUGAUGCUGCGGCCUCGGUCGGCGCCGAGCGGUUUGUUCUCGACGAUGGCUGGUUCAACGGUCGACGCGAUGAUACGGCUGGUUUGGGAGACUGGUUCGUAGAUCGUACCGUUUGGCCCGAGGGUUUGCAGCCGCUAUGGGACCAUGUUGACAAGCUCGGCAUGCAGUGUGGAUUGUGGGUGGAACCCGAGAUGGUGAACCUCGAUCCCGAAGUGGGACGGAAACAUCCCGACUGGAUCCUGCGACCCGAUUCCAACCGUUUGCCGGUUGCUGGACGCAGCCAGUACGUUUUGGAUCUCUCGAACCCCUCGGCAUUCGAGUACAUCUUCAAAUGCUUGGAUGAUAUCCUGACGCAGCAUCCGAUGAUCCGCUAUCUCAAGUGGGACCAUAAUCGGGAUUUGCUCGAAGCGGGCGGGGUGGAUGGCCGUGCUGCUGUUCACAACAACACCCUCGCAGUGUACAGGCUGAUGGAUGUGCUGAAGCAGCGUCAUGGUGGGUUGGAGAUCGAGAGUUGUGCUUCUGGUGGGGCGAGGGUGGACUUUGGGAUUCUGGAAAGGACGGAUCGGAUUUGGACGAGCGAUUGCACCGACCCGCUCGAACGACUCACCAUCCAAAAGUACACCAACCUGCUUGUGCCCAACGAGCUUAUGGGCGCACAUAUGGGUCCGGAAAACAGCCAUACCACCGGUCGAACGCAUGGCCUCCAUUUGCGCGCGGGCGUAGCCCUGCUCGGACACAUGGGUAUCGAAUGGGACCUUAGCCAGGUGGGGUCGAACGAGUUGGACCAGGUUAGGGAGUGGAUUCAGCUACACAAGAAGUGGCGCCACGUCGUUCAUACCGGUCGUGCUGUCUAUGCUGAUCUGCCGCGGGAGACGGGCGCAGAUGUACGAGGUGUCGUGGCAAAAGAUGCGCAAAAGGCCAUCUACACCUAUGUCCAGGUCCACACGUCCCAAACCUAUCCCCCCGCCCCCGUCACUUUCCCCGGUCUAGACUAUGAUCGGACGUAUACGAUCAAGAUGGUCAACACCCCACCCACCGACCAGGCUUCGUUUGUGGGCCAGUCAGAUCUGCCCUGGCUACACGCCAACCAGCCCUGCACCCUCACCGGCCAGAUGCUCGCAACCGUCGGCAUCCAAGUACCCAACCUCCUCCCCGAAACCCUGAUCGUGUUCGAAGUGCAUGCGCUCUAA